CAGCACCGGCCUGAAGUGCAACCGUAAAAGGUGCGGCAGCUGCGGUGGUUCGGCACAGUGAAGAUGCGUAGUCUUAUUUUGUUCGUCGCCGCUAUUUCGCUCAUCGGGGUGUGCGCGAGCAAAGACGUUCCUCAUGUGGCACCACAAGAUCCUCCUGCGCUAGCACUACCAGAUGUAUGCUCAGACUUCGGAAAGAACUUCUGUGGCAGCGCAAAAUGUGAGGUGGUCCCUGGUAAAACGGACGCUUUCGUAUGCAGAUGUGAGCGAAAUGACAUGUAUUACGAUGCUGCAGAAAGAACGUGCUUAUUUAAACGAACGUGUAAAACCACCGAGUGUACCAUUGGCACGUGCGUUGAAAAUGGGCCAAACAAUGCUAGGUGUGGCUGCCAAAACAUUGACUCUCUAUCGCUUAACUGCCAAAUUCGCGAUUGGUUCGUUCAAGACUGCAAGAGAAAGGGUGGCACGGCUGUGCUGCGUGAGAGUUGGUCUUUUGGUGCAAAGUGCGACUGCGGGGAAUGGGCUGCGAUGGACCGCAACAAAAGCAAGUGUGUUCCUACUACAUGCCUGCGUCCUGACUUGACAUGCAAGGACCUCUGCGAGAAAAAGCUGCUUGAGAAGGAUAAUCGUUGCUGUCAAGGAUGGAAUUCCACAGACUGCUCAGGUAUCGGUUCCUCAAAUGGCACUUAUUGCUCACCUGGUAGCAUCAUGGGAAAGGGUGAAAACUGCCAAGAUGCUUGCAGUGCAAGAGAAGCGAAGUUUGUCUGCGCCAAUGGAUGCAGGAAGACCGCGAGCUCGACGAGAGCCUACAAAUGCACGUGCAAAUAUAACUACGUGCUCGCUGAAGACGGCAUUACUUGCAAAGCUGUGCAGGCGACACGCGCUUGCAACGAAAAGGAAAAGAAGGCCUGCCUUCCUAGCGAGGCAUGCCGCAUGGUGCUAAAUAAGCCAAUCUGUGAAUGCGCAUAUAAUCACCAGCGAGUGAACGGCGAGUGCACAAGUCGAUGCACCGAAAAUACGUGUCACGAGGACUUUACGGACUGUGGCGUGUACAUGGGCAAACAAAGCUGCUUCUGUCCAUGGACAAGUAGGAAGCCGGGCGCAGUUUACAUCAACGAAUGCACUCUGAGAGAGUAUUACUACACUGUUUCCUUCACGCCUAACAUCUCACUGGACGAUAAUGAUUGCAAGUUGUACGAGGGCCGUGUUCUCGAAGCGAUGAAAACGAAUAUCGGAGCAGACGUUUUUAUGGUUGAGAUACUGAACUGCACGGAGAAAAUCAAGGCGAGACUUAUAUCAGCGAUGCCACUUUCGAAGUACUUGUUAAAAAGGCUUCAAACAUGCGAGCAUCCCGAUGGUGACUUGUGCAUGCUGUAUCCGAAGUUGCCAAUCAAGAAGGACACUGCGACAGAAAUUGAAGAAGAGAACCUUUGUGAUAGUCUUCUCAAGGUUCAGGAGGAAGCCUACAACGGAGAGAACGAGUGCGUUAAGGACAAGGAUUUGUUCUGGUUCAAGUGCGCGGCUGGCUUCCGAGCCGUGGGCUACGUUAGACGAGGCCGUCUGCGCCGCUCCGUCUGCGAGCCUGGAGUGUCGUGCACCCUGGAAAACGAGUUGGAAUGUUCCCAGAAGGGACAAAUAUGCGUCUACGAAAACGGAGAAUCAAAGUGCCAGUGUCCGCCGAGUGCGGUUGCAGGGCCAGACGGUUGCUCUGAAGUUCCAGAUUCUUGCAACGAAGAAGAAAGUAAUAAAUGCAGAAGAAGUGGGCAGCGUUGUGUCAUGGAAAACCAAAAGGCUGUUUGUAAAGAAGCGUCAAAUACACCAGCACCAAAGGAGGUGGAUCCAGUUCCGUCUCAAUGCAGUGAAGAAGUCAGAAAGAAGUGCACCAAGAAAGGCGCGGAGUGUGUUACAGUGGAUGAAAAGGCAGUCUGCAAAUGUCCUGAAGGAAAAGUUGAAACGUCGCAAGGUUGUUCAGAUCCUGGACCAUCAAGUGCUGUCACUGUCACGUCUACAACGCUUUUGUUACUGGCCGCCAUGACUGCAGCUGCCGCUGCAUAGUUGCAAGGAUGAUUACCGGUUUUAGUAUGGAGAAGUGUUAGAAGUACACAGUAGAAGCUUACACCAAAUACCAAACUGGAUCUUCGGAAGUUAUAAAUUGCGCACAGUUUGUUUGGCACAACAAAUUGUGCACAACGGUUCAGUUGUGAAUAACAGUGAAGCUCAGGUGCAAAUUCUUUCCUUGUUUAAAAAGAUCAAAAACACAAACGUGUUCUUCUGAAGUAACUGCAAAACCUGAAAUAGAAUUAGUUCUCUUUAAAAAAAAGUGAUGUGACAGAUGAAUGAAACUCUUCUUGUUGACCUCUAAGUGCUUCAUAGAAAAUAUGCCAAGUUAGAAGUACGAAAAACUACAACAGACCUCUAUUCAAACUUUACUAAAAAACUGUAAAACCAAGUUCACAAAGUCGUAGCAAGAAGGAAUCCCGAAUCUCAAAAGGCACCUGUCAUUCAACUUGAUUUUUAGUACUUGUCGUAUUCGACUACAUAACCUAAGCUGAUGGGCAUCAGUUAAGAGGUUUACGUCGGUGGCACAUUAUUAAACGACAAGAUGCUAAAACUACUUACAUAAACACACUGGUAAAUGCUAUAUAUUGAAGCAACAUAAAUUGGAUACAGCCUAACCAAGUUGUGACGAAAAAGCUUAUUCGCUAAACAUACUUCGAUACACCAGGUAAUAUUGUUAUUUCCAAUGCAGGGGGGGGGGGGGGGGGGAUAAAAAGCAAUCACGAAAUUACUUUAUUGGAAACAAUACUACGCGUAGCCGGCAGUACUUUUAGUCUUUGCCUUCAACACUUUCUAAAUGUCAGCAGGAAUGGCGUUCUCAAUGCUCGAGUUUCUGUAGACCUGCUCCAGUACAUUUCGCUGAACGUCGGCUUCCAGUACACUUUUGGUAGCUUCUGGCAGUGUUCCGUGCAUUCUUGCGCGUGUGCUUGAGAUUAUAAGAACGACAAAAACAAUACCUCUCCUGAACGCUGUCUUCGCGCAUGCAAAAGGCAUUGCGGCGCUAGCAGUGGACGCCCCCAAUUAGAUGCGGGGAAAGCAGUGCAUGCCGUUCGUUAUGAAUAAUUUAUUUUGCAUCAUUAUCGGUCAGUGAAUUUCACGCUUUCGUUAUUGAAAACGCUUCAUCCAGGUUCGCCUACACAGGUUUGUCAUAUACUGGUAUAGUAUAGUUAUAGACGAAUAUAGGUACUUAUCCAGGCGAAUGUAACAAUAAUGAGGCCUUGCUAAUAUUAUGAACGUAGCAACUUCCUCACAUCACGCAUUUAUUAGGAAAAAUAGCUUUUUUUUGCAGGCUAUGACCAUUAUAUGAUUCAGAUCACUGGGUGGCACCGGAAAGAAAUGUUGAGCAGAUACCUAAGCUUCUAAACAUCGAUGAACAAAAAAUCUUUUUUAUGCACCCCAUUUUUAAGAAUGUAUAAAACCCUUCCUCUUACAUUCUCAAAUCCAUUAUAAAUAAAAUGCUAUUGUACUAACAUUUUGUUAUGCACUGUAUAUGUAUGUUUCUAUCUGCACUGUCAUGUGAAAGUACGUACCAAUAAUUUUUUUUCAAGCAUAGAAUGUAUAUUCACGUAAUAAUUGUAUAAAUCGGUCUUGUUUAUUUGUAUUUUCUACAUUGCCCUCACUCGUUUUUUGUGCUGUAUUUGCUUUGAAUAUAAUUGCCGAACGCGCUUAGGAGCAAGAGCCUCUGUCAGGCCACAUGGCCUUGAGCUCUUGUUCCUUUUUCUGUAACAAAGAAAGAAAUAGACUUCAACUUCAACUUUAACUUCAACUUCAAAUAGACAGAUGCUAGGAGCAGUCUACAUUGAGUUCUAUAUUUGUAUAUCGGAGAAAAAUAAGAAGUACAAAACGUGGACGAGACGUUACGUCAGGACACCUAUUAUUUGUGCAUGUUUGUGUUUCGAGUACGCUACUUGUACUAUGUUCUGGGCACGAGCGUAAGCAGCGCGCUGCGGCAACUUGUGUGUCGCUCCGCUCAUUUGGUUGUCAACAGCUUCAGAUGUGCGAUGUCUUUCGUGCAGUCAUUACGCUAUAUAUUGCUACAUAAAGUACAAGACCUAAUGUUACAUAGAUUUAGAUGAUGCGCGUCUAUACAUUUUAUAAGUCACGCAAUAUUUUUUGUUUAUAAUGCCAGUGGUGUCAUUGCCUGCUAUGCAUUAAACGGAGCAUAGGGGGAACUAGGACACGUAUAGGAGGAAACGAAGCAAUAGUAGACAUUAUCCUCUCUAGGCUCCGAUGCGGGUAAUAUUACCUAUUAGAGAACACGUACCCAAAAGUGCAGUGCCAUAUGAAUGUUGGACAACCCGAAUUUGUUCUCGCAGGAAAGAGAAUUCGUUCGUUAACAGUGGUAGUUAACGAUGCCUUUAGAGGAAUUCGUGCCAGAAACCUAACCAGACAGAAACUCGAACAGUUUUAUGGUUUCUGUAGAAUAAGCGCUUUCUUUGUCUGUGCAAAUUAAAACUCGAACAAUUUU